AUGUCAUGGUCUUCUUGUUCUUCUUCCUCAGCUGGUCAAAGCUUUUCGGAUGGGCUUUGGAGCAAUUCUCAGCUGUACGAUUCGGACGAACCAGAUGAUAGAUCCGUGUCCGAAUCCAUCCGUUGGAGUCCAUACCACAGGUCUGAGGAACAUUUGCCAAAUCAUAUGAGGCCAGCUAGCAUCCGUUUUUGUCAGGAUAGCAUCCUAUCUGAGUUCAGGAAUGGCAUCCCGCUGGAGGAUGUCAUUGAUGAGCUUUUAAGAGGAGAACUCUUCGUUGAAGACUUUCCACCCAUCAGAGUGUUCCUUCGGGAUGGCACUGACAUUGACGGUGAGAUUCAGGGUGACAUCAAUUUGAGCACAGACACGUACAGCUUGGACAAUCGACGGCUGUUCGUCUUCCAGAAAUUUGCAGAGCGAUCAUAUGAUGAGGUCACCAUUCCAGUCGUGUGGAUUGAUCUUGCAGACGUCGAUGAAGACAAGCUUACAACUGACUGCGAUGGUGAGGAGAUCCGUGUGCGAGGUCCGUGCACUUAUCGAUGA